UCAGCCUCACACACCACCAGCAACGUGGACUUUUCUUUCAUACUGGAUCUUGAAGCUGUUUGAAGAUGAAGCGUGGGUGCUUUUACUUCUGGUCACCGCCUGCAGCGCUUCUUCUUCUGCUGACUUUCUCGGUAACCUGCGCGACUCCUUCCAGAUACAGUUUAUUCCAAGGCGCUCCGUAUUCCGCCUCGAUCCCGAAACAACGCAACAAAAACUGGUGUGCCUUCGUAGUGCACAAGAAUGUGACGUGCGCUGUGCGUGAAGUGACCGAAAGUGUGGAGUCCGACAGUGCACCCUGUCCUGAACAUCAGCCCCACUGUACUCAAACUGGAAUAUACCGCAUUAUAACAAGACCAGUGUACAAAGUUGGCUACAAGCAGGUAACUGAACUGGAGUGGAGGUGUUGCCCAGGUUACCGUGGUUAUGAAUGCAUGGAGUCCAAAGAUGUGCUGCCACCUCAAGUUCUCCAGGAACCACGGCCAGAUUUGCUACCAGUCCACAAACCGCAACAGAAUGUACUUGAUGUUUCCCCUGGUUCUCAUUCUAUGACACAACCUGGGCAAAGUGGACAAACCAGGCACCCAUGGACUGAAGGUGGACAGUCGGGAAAUCUUUGGGGUCAACAUGAUAGUCAUCGAGUUCAAGAUUUAGAAAAAGAAGUACAGCGACUUUCUCAAACAGUUUUUGACAUGCAGUCUGCCAUGACUACUGCCAAUGCUAACUUGCGUAUAGAUCUCCAAGAAGAUGCAAGUAGGAUCAUCCUGAACCUACUUGGCCAUCUGCGGCAGCCACAGGAUGCACUGGCUGGAGUCACUGAGAGCAUUGUUCUGCCCCCAGACCUUACAAUUCCUUCAGUUCCUAAUGAGCUUCAGAACCAGGUCACCCAACUUUCAAAUGCAAUUAGCACCAACACCCACACCAUUCAGGGCCUGGAGGCUAAGCUCCAGCAGAUUGAAGACCAGAUGAACCAGUUGAAAGGUGCAGCCAGUGGUACCCCGGUUCCAAUCCCUUCCUCGACCUUGUCCACUGAGUGCUCAUGCCAGUCUUACAUUGAUGAAAAACUUCAAGCUCUUCGUAAUGAGCUGCUAGAGGGAAUGGAUAUUAAAAUGGCUGAUUUGAAAAACUCUUGUUAUUACAAAGUGGAAUCAGUCAAAGAGCAGUGUGAGGAGCAGGAGAAUUCCUACCUAAGUCUUACUGAGCUCCUUGAAUCUAAAGAGGCCGAACUGCGCCAGGACAUUCAAGACCUCAGGCACCUCGUUUCAAACAGCACUUCCAGUGGAUUGGAGGUGGCACAGUUUCAAGAUGAGAUCCAGAGCUUGAAGAAUGUCUAUCAGAGCUUAGCAAGUGCUAUAAAUGUGACAAACACGAAACAGAAGGCUUUAGAGGAGGCACUGAACACAAGGUUUAACAUAGCAGAAAAGAGUGCAGAAAAGCAUUGCCUCAAACUUGAGGAGAAGUUGAGAAGUGAGAUAACAAAAGAACAAGCGGCACUAAACGUAACUCUGGAGAGCAAGAUCAGCGCAGCUGUACAGGUCUUUGGCGACAUGCAGUUGCACACCAUGCCAACUGAUGGCCAAAAUAUAUUAGAGAUGGAAUAUCAAAUGCAGAGUAUGAGGGGAGAGGUGAGCUCCCUUAUGCAGCAUGUUACGCAAUUGGAGAGCUCGGUCCAAGUUUUUAAUGAGUCCAUAAGCCAAAGUCAUAUGGCCGGUCUGUAUAACAAACUUAGUGAACUGGAGGAAGCAUGUGGGAAGAAUCAAGAAUCAGCCAAUAAAGUGGAAGAGAUGUUGUCUGGAAUGGAUGGACGGGUGGCCACUGUUGAAAGGGUCUGCGGUAGACUGGAGCCAAUGUCAGACAGUCUUAAGAGAAUUAAAGAUGGACUCAACAAACAUGUCAAUGGCCUGUGGAAUUGUGUCCGAAAGCUCAAUAGUACUGUCCUCACUCACUCUACAGACAUCAACACACUAAGAGAACAUACACACACCACAGUGGGCACGCAGCAUGGAACCACCAACAUGCCGCAGUACACAGGUGCUCGUUCUGGUUUGGAGGAAUCUAGUGUUGUCCUAGAGAAAACUGCUUCAGUUUUAGAGUCUGGAGAAGCAGGUCCACCUGGAACCAAGCUUUCAUCAAGCCCCCCUCAGGGCAGCAAUGACAAGAAGACACCUGUUAAGGGCUCUGCUAUAGCUCCACGCUUUUCUCCAUCAUCCACAGUUUCUGUUACAGCUCAUAUACGUCCAGGUCCUAUAAUUUUAAGUGGUCCUGUGUCCUUUUCGACUGGUCUGUCCCUCUUACCGUUUUCUGAAGCGGUCGGCAUCAUCCGCUUUAACAGAGUGCUGCUGAACGAUGGGAAUCACUAUGACCCACAUACAGGUGUAUUCACUGUUCCAAGUGAUGGCCUGUACUUGUUGAGUGUCGUGAUAACGGCCCAGAAAGGAGAACGAGUGGAAGCUGUGCUCUCAGUGGCCAAUCGUAGCAUCCAGAAGCUCGAGACAGCAGGAGCAGAGGGGGACACCUCUACAGGGUGCCUCUGUGGAGGCUCUGCCUCUGCCAGCCUCGUCCUUGACCUUAGACAAGGUCAGAAAGUGGGCGUUGUAAAGACAUCAGGGACUCUGGCAAUUUCAUCGUCCACUGAGGUCUUUUCCACAUUUAGUGGUGUUCUACUGUAUCCCCUGGCGGCUAAAAGAUAACGUAAAACUAAAAGAAUGUAUCAUACGAGUCAGAUUUUUAUUAUUGGAGUGCCAUAGAAAUGCACAGUGCGAAUAGUUCUGCCAAGAUCAGGGUAGAGGUCAGAUAUUAGAUAUCACUUUUUAAAGAUUUUAAAGAGACUAGAUGUCAGUGUCCAUAAAUAUUUUAAUUCUUAGUGUCAAACCACUACACUCAAUGUCCACUUUAAUAGGAACACCUGUACACCUGCACAUUUAUGCAAUUAUCCAAUCAGCUAAUGAUGUGAGAGCAACACAAUGCAGAGCUUUAGUUCAUUUUCAUAUCAAAUAUCAGAAUGUGUGGAAGAAAAACUGUUUUGUGACUGUAACUGUGGCUUGAUGGUUGGUGCCAAAUGAGCUGGUUUGAGUAUUUUAAAAACUGUUAUCUCCUGAGUUUUUUACACUAAACUGGCUUAGACAGAAUUCUGUUCUGUUUGAAAGAAAACCUUGUUGAUAAGAGAGGUUCAAGGAAAAUCGCCAGAUUGGUUCGAGCUACCAGGCAAAUUGCAACUCAUGCUUUUAAUGAUGCUUUUAAGAUGUGUGGAUUUUCUUUUCUGAUCUCUUUCAUCAAUGCCUCAGAUCACAGAAUGUUUUUCUUGGUUUUUUUUUUUUUACACCAUAUUGUGUACACCAGGUUUAAUGUGAUCUUGUUUUUCACAAAAAAUGCGCAGAUAAAAUAUAGGUUUGUUCCUGUUUAAAUAAAUGCCACUAGUGGG